GCAGUAAUAAACCGUCUUGGAACAAGCUGAUCGUAUUAAAAAAAUGUUCAAGAUAAUCGUUUUUCUUGCUGGAGUAUGUGUGCUUUUGAACGAAGCUUUGCCCCCUGUGGUUACCAUAGGCUGGCAGGGUCCCGCCAGGACGCCGAUAACAAUAACCAGGUUGGGGAUUAACAUAGCGUCGUGGUUGACUCCUUGUGACGUCUCCAAUGCUCCUACCGAGUUCAGAUUCGGCACUGAUGAGGAAUGCGUGAACCGCUGUUCGGGAUACUGUUCGAGCAUCAUGAACUGCAACGCGACGUGUGUGCUGGGCACGCGGUGCGUGUGCGCGGCGUCCGCCUACUGCUUCAUCAACAGGAACAAGACGAACUCCGAUGGAUCCUAUGUGUUUGACGAUUGUUAUAACUUUGAACAGCAGAUUCCCUAAGCA